AUGGCCAAUUUUUGGCUUAGUCUGCUCUUUGUUUUGGCAGUAUGCCUGGUUGCAAGUAAUGUAGCUGCUACUGAUGACUACAAACCUUACAUUUAUGCUUCUCCUCCUUCUGCUCCCUAUGUUUACAAGUCUCCACUACCACCAUAUCCACAAAGACUUCCUCCUUACUACUAUAAGUCUCCACCCCCACCUUCACCUUCACCUCCACCACCACCUAAAUACUACUAUAGGUCUCCUCCUCCACCUCCUAAAUACUACUAUAAGUCUCCUCCUCCUCCUCCCAAGUACUAUAACAAAUCACCCCCUCCCCCAACUUAUGUUUACAAAUCCCCACCACCACCAUCUCCAUCACCUCCUCCUCCAUAUGUGUACAAGUCACCACCUCCUCCAUCUCCAUUGCCACCACCCCGUUAUGUCUAUAAGUCUCCUCCACCACCAUCACUAUCACCACCACCACCUUAUGUCUAUAAGUCUCCUCCACCACCAUCACCAUCACCAUCACCACCACCUCCUUAUGUAUACAAAUCACCUCCCCCUCCUUAUUUUUAUAAGUCACCACCACCUCCAUCUCCAUCCUCACCUCCUCCUUACGUUUAUCAAUCUCCUCCUCCACCUUCUCCAUCAUCUCCUCCUCCACAUGUCUAUAAGUCACCACCUCCACCACCACCAUCAACAUCACUGCCACCUCCUUACAUUUAUCAAUCUCGACCUCCACCAUCUCCAUUUCCACCUCCUCCAUAUGUUUACCAAUCUCCACCUCCACCAUCUCCAUCACAUCCCCCUCCAUAUGUCUAUAAGUCACCACCUCCUCCAUCACCAUCACCGCCACCUCCUUAUAUUUAUCAAUCUCCACCUCCUCCAUAUGUUUACCAAUCCCCACCACCACCAUCUCCGUCACCACCUCCUCCUUAUGUUUAUCAAUCUCCACCUCCACCAUCCCCAUCCCCACCUCCUCCCUAUGUUUACCAAUCUCCACCUCCACCAUCUCCAUCAGCUCCUCCUCCAUAUGUUAUCCAAUCUCCACCACCACCAUCUCCAUCACCACCUUCUCCUUAUGUUGGCCUGUCUCCACCACCUCCACCAUCAUAUGUCUAUAAGUCUCCUCCACCACCUUCUCCAUCUCCGCCACCUCCUUAUGUUUAUCAAUCCCCACCUCCACCAUCUCCGUCCCCACCUCCUCCCUAUGUUUACCAAUCCCCACCUCCACCUUAUGUUUAUCAAUCUCCUCCUCCACCAUCUCCAUCACCACCUCCUCCUUACGUGUAUAAAUCUCCACCUCCUCCAUCACCUUCUCCCCCUCCUCCUUAUAUUUAUAAGUCACCUCCUCUAUCAUCACCAUCACCACCACCUCCUUACAAUUAUAAAUCCCCACCUCCUCCUCCAUAUAUCUACACGUCCCCACCUCCUCCAUCUCCGUCGCCUUCUCCACCAUAUGUUUACAAGUCAUCACCACCUCCUUACGUCUAUAAUGCCCCACCUUCCCUAUCCCCAUCGUGUGAGAUCCCACAUCGUUGGUAUCAGAGCCAGACCCAAAUCGGUGUGCCAGUGAAGAUUCUGGGCUCCAAGGAGGGUGGAUUGUGA